AUGCUUAUUCUAAUUUUCCUAAAUUUUAUAAUAGGCAUCUUGUGUGUGAAUAGAAAUGAAAGCAAAGUAAUAUUGACUGAUUUGUAAUAUUAUGUUUAAAUGUUAGCUACAAUAAAAAUUCGCCAGUUUAUGUGAUAGCUCCUUAUUAUGAAUCAUUUACUAUUGACUUAUUUAAUUCUAAAGAUGCCUUAGGAAACACAAGCUUUAGUAAUGUAAAUUCAUCAAACUAAAAUUUGACAUAUAAAGUCACUUCUUUUAUAGAAACUACAUCAGAAUCUAUAGAGUAAAAUGUUGAUGCAUCUUAGGUCAGCAUUUUGUCCAAUUGAUGAAUGGGGGCCUUUAUAUCAACCUGCUCGUUUCUAUUUAAGUUUAAGUGCUAUAGAUCUUCUUUUUUAUAAUCAAACUGAUGAUAAAAUAGUAUAGGUCUAAACCAGAUUGCAUAAAGAUUUGUAAGAUUUGGAUGAAAAUUUUUAAAAUAUUUCUUGUUAUUCUAUAUUUUAAUUUAGAAAGGAUAACUAAUUUGGAUUAGAUUGUAAUUUAGAUAAUAAUGCUACAAUACUAAUUUUUGACUUAAUAUUUGAUGAGCAAACAUUAAUUAUAGUAAAUUUUACCUACAAUUCUUACUAUUAUUAUUCAUAUGAAGAUGAGGACAAUUAGAAUUUUCUAAAGAAAUGUUAAUUCAGAAAAACAGUCAAUGCAAAUAUUCUUGAUAUCACUAAUGACUUAAAAUAUGAAUUUGUCCAAUAUUGUCCUAGUCUAUUUAAUUAAAAGGCAAUCACAAACGAAUUUUUAAUAAUUUAUCGUGAAAUAAUAAAUACUCAAAACAAUAAUAUAUUAUUGUAAGCCUUUAAAGCAACCACUACAGAUUUAGAAUCUUGUGAUUUGGAUUAGAAUUUAAUGAUUGAAUAGAUAUUUGUAAACUCAAUGAUAAAUGGUUAUAAUAAUUAAACUUGGAAUGUUGGAUUUUUGUUUUAGUCAUCUCCAAAAAUAUGUAAAUGUAAUAUUUAAGAAGUGUAUGCAUCUCAUUAUAAUAUAUUAUGUAAGAGCACAUUAAUUGAGCGUAUUUUAUUUGAUAUUUUAUAGUUUAUCAGCCUAAUUAAAUAAGAUAAGUACAAACUCUUAAUGAUGAGGUAAUUCUUGUUACUGGUACUAAUAUGGCUAUCCUUGUUAUCUAUUUAGAAAGAUCCUAUCAAUCAGAGAAUUACUUUACUAUUAGUUAUAAAGAGAUUUUUGAACCUGGUUAUCUAUUAGUAGAUGUUUCUAUUACUACUCAAUAUUUGGCAGUAAUUAUGACUGAUUCUCCAUAUGCUUAAUAAUUGUCUCCUUUCUAUUCUAAACCAAACUUAUAUUGUUCUAAGUAAGCAUCUGGAGAAACUAAAAAUAUUUUUAAGAUUUUUUAUUUAAAUGGUGAAUAUAAAACUGUUUAUUAUGAAUCAAACACAUUUAAUUAGUUUCAAAGUUUCUUUUAGAGUUUAAAUUAAAUAGAUUUUGGAAAUUUCAUUCUAUUAUAUAAUUUUUUUAAUUAGAAACUAAAUGUUAUUACAUUAUUUGAGAAGUACAAUUAUCAUAUUUAUAUAUUAGAUAGAUGAAUGUAUCUUAUUAAUUAGGAUAAUAGAACAUAACUUAAACUUAUAAUUAACAAAUCAAUCCAAUUAUUGUAAAUUAUGUUAAUUAUUAUUAAGAUUUCUUUUAAUAUUUCAGGUGGAUAUUUAGUAUUUGAUUAAGUUAAUAAUACUUAUAAUUAUAAUUUUGUAACAUUCUCUAGAAAUAUCAUUUUAUGUUUUAUUAAAUUAGAAGAUAGCAAUUUUUAAUUGAUUGCUUAGAUACAUAAACUAGAUGAGAAAGAAUAAUAAUAAUUAUUAUAAUGUCCAAUAAGCAAAGAUAUAUAUGUAUUCUAAGAAAUUAUAAAUUCUAUAGACUUAUUUGAAGGAGUAUAACUAUAUAUAUAUUUAUUUUUUAUAGAUCAUGGGUCCAUUAUUAAAUUUUAAUUAUGUUCCUAAUUAUAAUGUUAGCAAAUAUUAUCCAUAUUAUUAAAAUCAUAAGGCAAUUAUAAAAUAAAAUCAAUUAUUUCAGAAACACAAUUAUACAAGAUUAGUUUUUAAUGUAUUAAGUGCUGUAAAUAAAAAUAUAUUUAUAACUUCUAAUAUUUUUGGAAUAGUUGAGAUAUUAUUGACAUACUCUAAUAAUUCAUAUAAUUUAACAAAAACUUAAGCUAUCAUCAUUAAUAAAACAUGUAUCAUAAAUGCAAAACAAUAUGUAUUCAUUGUAAAUUUCUAUUCUUUUAGCAAAGUUUUGAAAAGUAAUUCCCAAUUGAUAUAGAAAUAUAAUAAUGUAUUGAAGAGUAAUAUAGAAAUUUAACUAAAUACUUGGAUUAAGUUGAUUACUUUAAAUAGUUUUAAUAUUUUGAUAUAGCAGUACAAUAUUAAGAUUCUAUGUAAUAAUAUCAUUAUUAUUUAAUUAGUAUUGUAUUUUGUUAAAAUAAAAAUACAUUUGAUGGACAUCAAAGAUGUUAAAGUCUCAAAGAGAUGAUUAAAUCAAAUGAUACUAUCCUGUAAAUUUACAUUCUUCAAGGACCUAUAAAAAAUGAGAGAGUCUCUUACUUUUUAACUAUAUUAUAUAAUUCUAGUUAAACUAAGUUAUACUUCUAUGUUUUAGAUCUUUUUGUAAAUCAUAAUUAUAAAAUUUUAGUUGCCAAGUGAUAUUAUUCCAGAUAUAGAAUACCAUGAAAUAUAUUGUUCCGAUGUAUUAAAUACUCAUAGUCAAAUAAUCUCUUUUAGAUACACAUAUGUUAAUUAAUAAACCUUAUUUAUAUUGUUUUCUGAUGCAAGGAUUGUUGUUUAUACUCCUGGACCUACAAAUUCAACAAAAGAAGUUAAAUUUUAUAAUUUUACAUCUUCACUAACUAAUUAUGUACUUAACAUUAUGGAAUGUUAAAAUAAUAAUUUCUUAGGAUUUGAAAUUACUAAAUAUUUCUAAUCAAAAUUAGCAAAAUAAUAUUUGAUUGUUUGGUGUUAAGAAAAUUAAAAUGGCAACUUUACACCUAUUAUUCUACAAUACAUAAUUACUAAUAUUAAUUAAAUUAAUUUUUGGAGAAAACUUCCUCAUUAUGAUACUAUAUUAAGUAAUAAAUCAAAAAUCUUGAUAUCUGGUUUAAUAUUAUAUGUUCCUGUUAUUACAAAGAGUGUCUAUAAUGAUUAUUUUUAAAAGUAUUACAUAUACAAUUUGGAAGACUAUACUGCUAGAUCACUUGUUGAGAAAAUUGAAAUUGAGAAGAGGAAGAAUGAAUAAAUUGUAAAUAAUAUAUAACUUUUAUUCUAGAUAACAUAUCCUAUAAGCAACUUAAUGAAUUCAUUAUUAGCUGGAUCCUCUAUAAGUUUGACUUUAAUUAUCACAGAGAAGAAAUUUGAAAUAUAUUAUUUGAAUUAGAAGGCAGAAUUUAUCUUUCAUCUCUAAUAAUAAUUCAUUCCAGAUUAUAAUGAUGCCCCAUUUUUGUUGGUUAUUGGUGUAUUUUAAUCAUAAAAGACAAAUGUUUUAUAUCGGUAAUUACUAAAAAAUAAUAUUAGAAAUUACACUUUGGUGUACAAUUUUUCAAGUACUUAGAUAUCUUUUGCCUAUAAUUAUUCAUCUACAUACAAGGUGGAAAUUAAUUAUGAUUAAUUAAAACCAACUGGAGGUUUUUAUUAAUACCUUUUUUUAGUUAAUGUAAAUACAAUUAUAAAUUUGAUAGUAAUCUUUCUUCAAUGGUCCAAUUGCUUCUUAUAAUUAUUAAUCUAACCAAAUAAAUUUAUCAAUUAUUCCAUCUCCAUAUUUAUAGAUGAAUAAAUACUUAGGUAGUUAUAUGGAAGAAGUGUCUUAUUUUGGAGAAGUUAAUUAAAUUAUAGAUGUAGGAGAUGAAAUAUAUAGAGGUUUAUACAACUAAAAUGUUGUAAAUAGUAAGUUAUAUUUUAAUAUCUCUAGUUUCUUAAUAUAAUGAUUUAAUAAUUGUAUUGACUGAUUAUUAUGUGUUAUUUUAUUAAAAGAAUUCUAUUCCAGAUGUAAAUAGAUCAUGUAUAUAUUCUGAUUACACGUAAAAUUAACAAUAAAACAACUCAGGAUUAUGUUCAAUAAGAUUGAUUCGUUUUCAUUCAUUUAAAUAAAAUAGUUCAUUCUUAUAUUGUCAAAUGUAAUUAAAUGGAGUAAAUGUAUUAAUCAUAGUAUGUUAACAGAAAUAUUUUCAUAAAUUAUAUGAUAAAAUUUCAUUUGAGGAUAAAGAAAAUAUCUAAUAAUUUAUAUACAUAGAAUAUUCCUAUAUCAGAAUAAAUAAUUAAAUUUCUAUUCGAUAAUAUAUUGUUAAUGAUAGAUAAUUUUGCUAUUGCUUUUUCAAUGAUUUAUAACCUUUUUUUUAUAACAAUUAAAUUUAUUAAAUGAUUAAAACUGGAUAUUAAAAAUUGAAUUCAUAUUUUGGAAUAUAUCAAAUAGUAAUUUCAGAUAAUAAAACUAUACAAUUUAUUCAGUAUAGUUCAUAUCCUAACUUUAAUGAUUCAUAACCAUUAUAAUAUUCAUAAGACUAUGCUUUAUCUAUAAUUGAAUAUUAAUAGAUUCAAUAUUUGUACUUAAUACUUUUAUAACCAAAUAAUAUUUUUGUAUUGGUUAUUAAUAUGACAGAGGGUUUUCCUGUAAAUGGGCCAGGAAAAAAUUUGAUUUUUUAAAAGAAUGAAGAAUAUGUGAGAUUUGAAAAGACAAUUUUUAUAUAAAGUAUUAAUCAUUUUCAACCACACAUUGUAAAUAAUUCUUAAAUGUAUCAAACUAUAGCAGUUGGUAAUAACAAUUAAAUCUAUGAAAUUACUUUUAAUGUUCUAACAUUCUAAGCUAGAUUGUAAUAUACUUUUUAUUAAUAUUUGUUAUGUCAUCAUAACUUUUUGUCACGUCCAUAAAUUGAACUUUAGUAUUCAAAUGAUACAAUAUUCUAUUUGGUUACAUAAUGUUUAUCCAAUUAAUUUGAAUAUCAAUCUAUUUAAGUAGAAAUGACAUAUUUACUAAAUGAAUUAAACACUAAUAUAGUUUAUACAUAACUUUUCAUUAGUAUAAUUUAAUAAAUUAUUAUUAAUUUAGGAAAUUACAGUAAAAACUAUUCAAGGCCAGUUGAAAUAUUAGAACCAUAUUUGGUAAAUCCAUAAGAAAUGCAUUUAUAGAAAAUUCAAUUAUAUUUAUCAAUAGAUACUUAAACUAAUACAUCUAAAUCACAUGUUUUGAUAACAAACAAUACAUAUUUUAUGAUUGAUCUUAUACUUUAUACUGAAAAUGGAUAUUAUUUAUAUUAUCCAAUUUAAUCAGCAAAUGAAGAUAGAGUAAUUAAAUAAUAUUAAAUUUAUUAGGAUCAUUCAAUAUACUUGAAUAUUACUGCAUACAACUCUUAUUCAAGUUGUUUAGCAGAAUUUUAAUUAGCAUGGGUUUAAUAAGAUAGUUAAGUGAAUAGUUUAGCCUGGUUUUAUGCAAUCUUAUCUUUAUUGUUGUUAUUUAUUUUGAUUGUGAUUAUAGUUGUUGUUUAUGGCUAUUGUUAAAAAUAGAGUCAGAUUGGUAAAUAAGAUAAAGAUCUUCCUUUGGAAAGAAUAGGAGAUGAUGAAAGUGAAUAUGGUGUUGAAUUAUAGGGAGCUGCAUAUAAUUAAUUGAUGUUAGGAGAUGUGUUUAAAGAUUUAUUAAGAAGUAAUAGAGGUAAAAAAUAGACAGUCUCAUAUUUGGAUGAAUUAUAAGAUUGA